AUGGCGGUUCCAGGGAGGCGGAAUGGUAUGGAGGAAGAUGACAACGAAGACGAAAACGCUCUGUUCGAAGAAGAGGGCUUGGAGGACCUCGACUCUCACACCCCUCCUCACCUUCGCGCCAUCGCUGACGCUUCUCAGCAAGGCGACCUUGACGCCCUUCGCCUCGCUCUUGAUAACUUAGAAGGAGGCAGCAUUGAUGAACCAGUGGAAGAUGGGGACACAGCUCUCCAUCUUGCAUGUCUCUAUGGCAAUCUUUCUUGUGUCCAGUUACUGUUGGAAAGAGGUGCAAACUUGGAGGCUACGGAUGAAGAUGGAGCAAUUCCUUUGCAUGAUGCUUGUGCUGGGGGCUACACUGAAAUAGUUCAACUUUUGAUUAAUGGUGCUAAUGAUGCUGCCCGUGUAAAGAGAAUGCUAGAAACAGUUGAUGCCGAAGGCGAUACUCCUCUUCAUCAUGCAGCGAGGGGUGAGCAUGCUGAUAUUAUAAGAUUGUUGCUGGCUUCUGGAGCUUCUCCUACAAAGGCGAACCUAUAUGGAAAGAUCCCAAGUGAUUUACCAGAACUAGCCACAGAAGCUAGGACAAUAUUGGAAGCUGCAGCUGGUGCGACGGCAUGCCAGUAG